CAGGUUUAGUCAACACACUAGUCUCUUUGACUAUCAACCACAUACCAUCUACAGAUUUCAGCAAUUUAUUCAAAAAUGUUGCAGUUUUUUCUGAUUCUGUCUGCAGUUUAUGCCAUAAGCAUGGCAGCGCCAUUACCUGAUCUUUUCUCUUACUCCCCUGCUGUUGGAGAUGGCAGUGGGACUGAAUUUUCCACCGCCAGUGAGGGUUGUAUCACUGGUAUCAGAGUCUGGGAAUCCAAUAACUACUGGGCAUCCAGUAACUACAUCACUGGGUUCCAGCUGAAGUACGAGAGUAACUGGACGGCACUGGUUGGUGUAAAUAGUGGCAAUCCAUCGGAAAUUACACUCGGUGACAAAGAAGCAAUUAUUCAGAUCUCUGGAAAGUAUUACUCUGGUUACAUCUAUGAGCUUGUGUUUGUCACUAAUCAGGGGCGCUUAUUUAAAGUGGGACAGUCUAGUGGGUUCUCAUUUAACUUCUAUCCAACCCAGAAAGGAAAUGAGCUGCGUUUUCUCAGUGGACGACAGAAUGGAAUGGGCAUCACCUCUAUUGGGGCUCACUGGGCAUAA